CCUCUCAGUGUCAGUCAGUCGGUCGAUUUACCUGAGUGGGACAACAAAGCAGGACUAAACAUUGCUCCAGGAAAUGUACCUAUCUAGUUAAAUGAAGGCACCCAUCUAGACUCUUUGCAGAUUCGCUCACAAUGACCGAAGUGUUUUUUAAAUCUGCGUUACCUGUGAGAGAGUCCUUUGUGCUGGAUGACACCAGUCUGGCUCUGCCGGCCCAGCCGACCCCAACAUCGUCGACUUGGGAGAAGUCGAACGACCGGAGCCUGCGGGUCCAGCAGCAGGUUCAGCUCACCUUGGCUCGGAAGGCGAAAAAGAGUGUGUCAAAUGGAAGUGUCCAUUUACAGAAAAACACAACAAAGAGCUUUGAUGCUCCUGAUGGACCUUUACCCAACAUGAAGGCUAAUGGAUUUGGCUUCACCAACCACUCACUUUCAACCAACCAUGUGUGGAGACCCCCCAGGAGAGUGGAAGUGUCUCCACCACUGAGCCCAGAGACACCACGCAGCCGCCUCACUUACAGCACCCAUCGCUAUGCCACGUACAGCCAUCCAGGACCCGUACAGUUCCACAGGGGGGGCACCCUGAGGGACUACACUUCUGACUCAUUUCAGCGCUACGCCUUCUCAGAGGCUCCGUGUAUAAGGCGGCCGCUGGCGUCCACGUCUACUCUUGGGAGCUUCCGCGGGAGGUCACUCAGACAGCCUGUGUUUGCGAACGCAGCGUUUCAGCAGAGUGGAGACUACGGCCCUCCCUGGGGUCACACCCAAACUAAUGUUAAACAGGAAAAAGAAUCGGUGCAGGGACAGAGUGGGGAUAUGAUGCUCGUCGACAAGCAGCCUGACGAGGGCUUCUCCUGGCUGGCUCGGGUCAGGAGGAGUGGUCAGAGGCUCCACAGACUGAACUCUUACCCCCCAUCUGUCACCAGCAUGGAGGUAGACAUGGGAAGACAGAUGGAUGUGGCGCCUCCCGUUCAGCAGAUUCAAGCACAGAACAUCAUGACCCUGAAGUCAGAGAACAAGCUUCCAGAGAUGACAAUAGAGAGGGCCAUGAAACUGUUGGAGGAGAAAAACGAGGAAACCCUAAUCUGCGCAGCUGGUUACAUACAGAAUCAAUGUUUCAGGAGUGCAGAAGCAAAGAAGAUGGUGUUUUAUCUCCGUGGGAUCGGAAAGCUCCUACAGCUCGUCCGCAGUGAGGAUGAGGAGGUACAGUGUGUCGGUGCCGGGGCGCUGCGUAAUGUUGUUUACCAGAGUGCUGAGAACAAGAUGGAGGUGAAGGACAACAACGGCCUGGCCACCAUUUUACGAGCGCUGAAUAGCAGUCGUGAUGUUGAGACCAGACGAGAACUUACAGGUCUGCUGUGGAACCUGUCCUCUCAUGACCUUUUAAAGGAGUGCCUCUCCAGGGAGGCAUUAUCCAUCCUCACGCAGUCUGUCCUCGUGCCCAGCUCCGGCAUCUCUGAAGGCGAGAACCCAAAAGACGAGCUCCUGGCUGACCACGGGGUUUUCCACAACGCUACCGGCUGUCUGCGAAAUCUGAGCUCUGCUGGCCCUGACGGCAGGAAGGCCAUGAGGGACUGUGAGAAUCUGAUCGACUCCCUGGUCUACUACAUCCGGGGAGCCAUCGCUGACCAUAAGACGGACGACAAGUCCACGGAGAACUGCGUCUGCAUUUUGCACAACCUGUCCUAUCAGAUGGAGGCGGAGCUUCCUAAGAAGUACACCAGAGAACUCGGAGAAUCUCGACAAAACUUGGCUCCCAAGCCAAAGCCGGUCGGCUGCUUCGCUUACCGCAGUGCCAGCAUCCCAGAGCAUCUGGAGCGACAGAGCCCCCUGCUGGAGGAGAAGGCAAACCCCAGUGGCAUAGAGUGGCUGUGGAGCACCAUCACCAUCAGGAUGUACCUGUCACUCAUCGCCCGCAGUGUGCGUCACCAAACACAGGAGGCGGCCAUCGGAGCGCUGCAGAACAUCACAGCAGGGAGCGGAGCGGUAGCUGAAGCCAUCACUUUCACUGUUGUUCAGCGGGAAAAUGGCCUUCAACACAUCAAUAAGAUUUUAGAGGAAGGCGAGAGAGAUGUGAAGAGGACGGCCGUAUCUUUAAUAAAAAACCUCUCACGCUACCAGGAGCUGCAUCCUGACAUCGUGAAUCAGGUGUUGCCAGAGGUGGUGCGCAUGCUGCCCCAUGACGACACGGGCACCGACCUGCCCACAGAGCUAACAGCGUCCCUGUUGCACAUCCUGAUGAUCCUGAGUCAGAGCGAGCCACAGCAUGUGAGAGCCAUCGUCAAUCAGGGAGCCCUCCCAAGGAUCAUUAACAUCAGCAGCAAGGACAAUGGUUUUGGACCAACCAGAGCGGGACAGGCAGCAUGUGUCCUGCUGCACACCAUGUGGAGACACAGUGACCUCCAUGGGGCCUACAAGAAGUGUGGCUACAGGAAAACUGACUUCAUCAAUCAAAGGACGACUAAGGCUGUGAACUCCGGACGAGACUGAGGAUCAGAUCCAUGAAUACAAAGUCCACUUGUUCCUGUAGACACCAUCAGAACCAGACUGAGGAUCAGAUCAAUGAAUACAAAGUCCACUUGUUCCUGUAGACACCAUCAGAACCUGCAGGACUGAAGAACUACUGUAAUGGACUGUGUAUGUAUCAAUGAAGCCUUAAGAGGACAUGCUCUCAUAUAUUUCAGUCUGUUUGCACUUUCCCCAGCAGUAAGGACGUUAGCAUCAAGGAUAAGACAGUGAUGUCAGCAACAUAUGAAAGUGGAUUGUCUGCUAAAAUACACGUACACAUAUCAGCUGGCGUCUUUGUCUCAACCUUAAAAGUUUGAUUUCAUACAAGGCUCUUCAAUGGAAAAUACGGCACUAAUAAAACCUCAAGAAAACAGCUAAGCUACUGAAACACGAGCCCUUACUGCCCAACUCUGAUCUUUAGAAUGCUGAAUCUCCUGACUGCACAACAAAUUGACCAUUUCUGUUACUAAUAAGAAACCUUGAACCUCUAACACUGAGCCUUUAAUGAGUUCGUUUCAGCUGUUUUUCCCGAGAUCUCUGCUUGAUUUUCUCAUCAUCUAGGAAUAACAAAGCUGCUUUUCUCAUGAUAAUGGGCUCCUGUUAUCACAAGAAAACAAGCUUUGUUAUCUUGACAUAAAUUGACCCAAUUUAAUGGGAAACAUUUUUAUGAGAAACUGUGAAAAAUAAGUAAAGAUUUAGAGAAAACAAUGAGUCAUUAUCAAAGAGCUAAAUGUAUGAUAGCAUGUCUGCUUCAGGCUUCCAUAUAUUUUCUGCUGAGUUAUAUGUUUCCCUAAAUGCUGCAUGACAUUGUGAACACUGCCUACAUUACUCACAAAGGUCCCAUAAGAUGGCUUUUAAAAUCUGUACAUAAAAAAGUCAUAUUUUUGUAGCUGUUAGUCAAAGGGAUGACACGACAAUAAUUUAAUGAAAACAUAUCAAACAAGAGAAACAAUAUUGAGCAUCACAUUUUGAAUUUCAUGGGUCCUCUAAAGCACUUUUUUAGUUUUGUUUACAUCAAAUAUAUGUAGUCUCAGUGAAAAGAUAUUGAAGUGUAGAGGCAGCUUAACAGUUUGUAGUACUUUUCUGUGUGUUUGGUUGUUGUGCACCUGUAGUCGAAUGAGGAACCACAAAAUGUUCAUAUAUUAAACAGUUUCAGAAUUGUUUGUAGAAAGUGCUUGAAAUAGAAUCAUUUCCUGUUGUGACUCCCUAUAAAAAAAACAAGCUGAUCUCCUGCUUUCUGCCUUCAAUGUGUUGUAAUCAUUACAUUCAUUGUUUGGAAUUAAAUAUCUGCUAAUGAUGUUUUUAGAAGCUUACUUUUGUGAAUUACUUUUGAGAACGCAGGAAAAAUAAAUCUUUAAUAAAUA